AUGGAAGCAAAGGCGGCGGAGCUCCUGGCGGCCUUCAACAACCCAAAUCUUUCCGUCGAUGCCAAGGUCGCCCACCUUACGGCCAUCAAAUCCGAUAUCAAGCAGAAAAAUGUCCCCGAGGGCGCUAUUCCAACCAUUUUCGACACUCUGCGACUCGCUCUAACCUCCCAACACUAUUCAGUCCUCGGCGCAGGCUUCUCUACGCUAGGCCACUUCUUGAAGCGGCUAUCGAUUCAAGAUCAGCAGCAAUGGAUUGUGAGCCAGGCGAGGAACUUCUAUCCCGUCCUGAUGGAACGACUCGGCGAUCAUAAAGAACGUGUACGAGCGCAGGCCGCAUCGAUAUUUACUGAGAUCUGGUCUGUGGCGAGCAACGAGAUGACAAAGAACCACGGUCUGUUGUUCCGCCAAUAUGUCCCUUCUCUGGUUGCAUGCUUGGAGGAUGCAGACAGCGCUGUUCGAGACACAGCAAGAUUAGUUGUGGUUGAAUUGUUCCGGAACGCCCCCGCACGAGCCAAGUCUGAUCUACAGAAGCAGCUGGUUGCUCGAGGCGUGCGCAAAUCCAUCGCGAGCGCUAUUAUUUCUGGCAUCGGACUCGGCGACUCAGAGCCUGUCAGCUCCAAUCGGCCCAUUUCUCGUGCUGAACGCCCUAUCUCGGUGAUGUCUUCACGUUCGCACGCCAGGGAACUAGUCGAUGAUGAGUUAGAGCCUACCAAAAGCCAACCAGGAUCUUCAAGAGGCCACAAUGACCGAUCUACACCUGCUCCCCAAGAAGCCCCAUUGAGGCCCAAGACCCCGGCGGAGCCGCCUGCUAUGCAGCAAAUAUCUCAAGAAGAUGACGGCAUCGAGCCCUUCCUUGUCUCAUCGGCCCGUGACAUUGACGAUACCGUGCGAGACAUGCUUCCCUGGUUCGAGGGCAAAGAAUCCGAAGACAAUUGGUUGAAACGUGAGAAGAACGUUAUCCUGUUCCGCAGACUCACUCGAGGUAACGGGCCUCACGACUUUCCUCAGAGCUACAUCCAGAGCGUCAAAACUCUCCUUGAUGGAAUCUUCCGUGUCGUGAAUUCCUUGCGAACGACUCUUUGCACCAACGGUUGUCUUCUGAUGCAAGAUAUUGCUCGGACUUGCGGCCCCAGACUUGACCCCAUGGUUGAGAUUAUCAUGCAGAAUUUGAUCAAGCUGUGUGGAGCCUUGAAGAAGAUUUCUGCCCAGAGUGGAAACGCCACCGUCGACGCUGUUCUUGGGAAUGUAACGUACAACAUUCGCCUUCUGCAACACGUCCACUGGGCCUCACAAGAUAAAAAUAUACAACUGCGUCUGUUCGCGGCAGGCUGGCUUUGCACUCUGAUUAAGCGCCAGGCCCAUCAAAAGAGCUCGGUUGAGCACGGCGGUGGCCUGGACCUUAUCGAGAAAUCCAUCAAGAAGGGCCUGGGAGAUGCCAAUCCUGGUGUACGAGAAGCUGUACGCAGCACUUUCUGGACGUUCUACGGUGUCUGGCCCGACCGAGCUAAUGCCAUCAUGGCGACUCUCGAUGCCAAAUCGCGCACACUGCUGGAAAAGGAUACCUCAAACCCCAAUGCCUCUAAGGCCUCUUCUACGCCGACAAAGAGUGCAGCUGGCCCAGGUGCUAGCCGCUCUGCCCUGAAAGAAGCCAUCGCAGCCCGCAAGAGGGCGAUGCCGCCUUCUCGCCCAGAGUCCGCACAGUCCGCAUUUAUAGAUUCAGAUCCUGCUCCUAGACCCUCUACUCGGAGUGUACCCACGGGAGCACCGCUUUCUUCCCUUUCAUCCGCACCCAUGCGGCCUGCUAUGAAACCCCGCCGGCCAGAGAUCAGUCGUCCGGCAACUGCGGACCCUUACGCUCGUCGGCCCGACUCGAGAGCAGCUCGAGCUACUAGUAAGCCGGUCAGCUCCCCGAGAUCAGUACGAGCCAAGGCAUCUACACCAUCAACUAAACCGAUUAAUGCCCCUCGCCUUCGGCCCCACGAUGCUGGACAAACGGGCACCACUAGAGGCAAGCCUAAGAAGCUUGACCUUUCAAAAUCAAAGUCUCAUGGGGACCUCAAUGCGGCGAGUCGUGCCCGUAGCGACUCUGCUGACAGCGUUGCGCAUCAGUCCUCCGUGCAUGCCUCCCAUGCCUCCCAUCUAAGCGGAUCUGAGGGUCGCCAUUCACCAGCGCCUAUUGUUCUGGAAAGUCCUCCACUUUCUGCAUCACAACCGAUACUUGCUAGCAGUCAACAAAUUAACCAUGGUAAUAUCACCCUGGAGCAUAUUGAAGAACCACAGUCUCUCUCCCUCGCAGAACCUAGCCCUGUGCGAGCCUAUCCGCGUGUCUCCGAAGCUGAAAGCGCAACUCCAUUGCGCCCUGCCCAUCCAGUCGCUGAAACUGAACCUACUCCUAAGGCCCAACCGGAAGAAAUGGUAAUAUACGAAGACCCUGCUACGCCGGUUGCAGCGGAGCCUACGACACCAAAGAUGUCUCCAAUCCAGCAUUUUACCCAUCAGAAGUCUCCUCGCCAGCCCGAUGACGAAGGGCUUGCAGAAGCCCCAGUGCCAGGUACCCCGGUCACCUUUGAGACCCCUCUCAAGAACCCUGUGCCGGAGCUGGCUCCUUACCAAGAACUCAACAAUGAUGGGGCUAAUGAGCCCCGUUUCCCGUCCCCCAAGAGGACACCACUUCGGGGAACUCCUUCUCCCACUAGAAAUCGUCCUCACCCCACGCCCUCUCAAAAUAUUCCCACUUUGGGUUCCACGUCAGCACCAAAGCAAGCUGUGGCAGAUACAUUUGAGAGCAAUGCCAAUAACGAGAAUGCCACUGCGCAUGUUAUGAAGGCGGCAGAGCUCACUGCGACGCCACGAUCCGCAGCUAAGCCUGGUGCACUCGAGGAGGUUCCCUUGAAUGAGUCUAUCUCACGUCUGCCUACGGAGGCAAGAAGCCGGUCCUUUGAACCUCCGGUCCAGCCAACAAGCGAGGAACCAGCAUUCCGUCGCAGUCGGAAAUGGGCAGAGCGGCACCGAAGCCCGAGCCCUCGAUCCAAGGAUCCUGCCAAUGCGAGGGAAAUGCUGAACAAGGCACUUAGCCGGAUCGCCUCCCACACCAUGGACAUCUCUGGAUAUAGAAAACUGCAGGGACUGUACCAGUACCACGGCGAGGAUAUUGUUUCUCGCGAAGAGGACUACUAUGCUAUGCUUGAGGCCCUGCUACGCGAGCUCGAGGCGGCACCUACUAGCCGCAAGGAUCACGAUGUUAAAACUCAGAUUCUGGCCACCAUCCGCUCAAUGCUUCUUCGAACCAGCGAGCUUUUCCACCGAUACGAUGUGGCCACAAUGGCUUCUCUGAUCCGAGCUCGCCGCCACUAUGAGUCCAGCUCGCACUUUGUAACCUGCUUGGAAGAGGUUGCCGAGCAAUUGGUUUCGCUGAUCUCACCGCAGACAGUUAUCGAAGGUGUGCUUCAAGGAAUGGAUCUGGAUGAGGCUACGAAGAGCGAGGAUUCCUAUCGGUCUAUUAUCAUGGGACUAGCUACUGUUCAUCAGGCACUGUCUCAAGGGCCCAUCGAGCUCUCGGACGAUAGCUUGGCCAGCGUCGGCACGGUGGUGAGCCAGCAACUGGGCCAUCCCCGACCUGGCGUGCGUAAGCAGGCCACUGAGCUGUGUACCCUGCUCAACCUCAAGUUCGGUCUCGACCGCGUACAGAAAGUCACCCCGCCCGCUGGUGAGGGCUCGCUCAAUCUGCUCACCUAUUUCAUGGCCCGCCGGUCCCAGUGA